AUGCACAACAGUCAUGAUAUUGACAACAUUCGCAGCAUGCGCAACAGUCACGACAUUGACAACAUUCGCAGCAUGCGCAACAGUCACGACAUUGACAACAUUCGCAGCAUGCGCAACAGUCACGACAUUGACAACAUUCGCAGUAUGCACAACAGUCACGACAUUGACAACAUUCGCAGCAUGCACAACAGUCACGACAUUGACAACAUUCGCAGCAUGCACAACAGUCACGACAUUGACAACAUUCGCAGCAUGCACAACAGUCACGACAUUGACAACAUUCGCAGCAUGCACAACAGUCAUGACAUUGACAACAUUCGCAGCAUGCACAACAGUCACGACAUUGACAACAUUCGCAGCAUGCACAACAGUCAUGACAUUGACAACAUUCGCAGUAUGCACAACAGUCAUGAUAUUGACAACAUUCGCAGCAUGCACAACAGUCAUGAUAUUGACAACAUUCGCAGCAUGCACAACAGUCACGACAUUGAUAACAUUCGCAGCAUGCACAACAGUCACGACAUUGACAACAUUCGCAGCAUGCACAACAGUCACGACAUUGACAACAUUCGCAGCAUGCACAACAGUCACGACAUUGACAACAUUCGCAGCAUGCACAACAGUCACGACAUUGACAACAUUCGCAGUAUGCACAACAGUCACGAUAUUGACAACAUUCGCAGCAUGCACAACAGUCAUGAUAUUGACAACAUUCGCAGCAUGCACAACAGUCACGACAUUGACAACAUUUGCAGCAUGCACAACAGUCACGACAUUGACAACAUUCGCAGCAUGCACAACAGUCAUGACAUUGACAACAUUCGCAGCAUGCACAACAGUCAUGACAUUGACAACAUUCGCAGCAUGCACAACAGUCAUGAUAUUGACAGCAUUCGCAGCAUGCACAACAGUCACGACAUUGACAGCAUUCGCAGCAUGCACAACAGUCACGACAUUGACAGCAUUCGCAGCAUGCACAACAGUCACGACAUUGACAACAUUCGCAGUAUGCACAACAGUCACGACAUUGACAACAUUCGCAGCAUGCACAACAGUCACGACAUUGAUAACAUUCGCAGUAUGCACAACAGUCACGAUAUUGACAACAUUCGCAGCAUGCACAACAGUCACGACAUUGACAAAAUUCGCAGCAUGCACAACAGUCAUGACAUUGACAAAAUUCGCAGUAUGCACAACAGUCACGACAUUGACAACAUUCGCAGCAUGCACAACAGUCAUGACAUUGACAACAUUCGCAGUAUGCACAACAGUCACGACAUUGACAACAUUCGCAGUAUGCACAACAGUCACGAUAUUGACAAUAUUCGCAGUAUGCACAACAGUCACGACAUUGACAACAUUUGUGACUGUCGCCGCUUUCAUGUACAUGUGUAUGUCGUCGAAUGUCGCAAAUGUGGCUUUGGUUUCAGUUUUAUUCAAGAAGCCCAUGUGGGCAUCAUUUUUAUAACACAUAACACAUUUGUAUAA